AUGUUUAUUAGCCAUCAGCUGCCCUUACUGAGAAUUAUGUCGAAUACGAGAUCAAAGGUGUUCACCAUUUCUAAUCAAUACAGCGAAUAUUUUUAUCUCACUUUUAGACCGCAGUGGGGCGAACCGAUAUACAUAGCUAAUCCUAAUUCGAAUGGAUGCAGUACUACCGAAGAUUGUUCGAGUGUAGUAAAAGGCUAUGUUUGUCUGACAUCAGGAUUUCGGCAAGGACUUUGUAGCUAUACCGACGAUACAACCACUAUUCCUACAACUACUACUCCAACAACUCCUGCACCAGGAACAUCGGCUCCUUCAAAGGCAAAUCCAAUUUCUGGGACAGGAAAGACAACAUCGGCAGCAGGAUCGACGAAAUCCACAGGAACUACGAAAGAAACUGAGUCGUCAUCCACCGUAGCAACAACAACUAGUCAGUCUGAUUAUAUUAUCAAGUUGAUCAAUGAGAUGAGAGCACAAGUGGCGGCAGGUAACAUCUCCACAUUGUAUGGGCCACUACCAAGUUCCCUGCAUAUGUUCCAAUUGGUACGUCACCAGACUUUUCCUUCUCUAUAUUUCAAGGCAAUGUAUUAA